GCUCUUGUAGUUUUUGUAUGUUGUGCAAGAACUGCAAAAGAUGGCACUACUAACGUGAAUAAAGCUGUGGAUUCCUCGGCAUCGCAGAUGGCAGCUUUAACAGCACUUCUGAAGAAGACUAGAGCAGACAUGGGGAGUCUAAUGACAAGAUUGCACCACUUGGAAAMAAGUCAUACGGCUGCUUGGAGAGGAAGAGAUGGACGCGAUGGAACUCCAGGGAUAACCGGUCGAGAUGGCAAAGACGGUCAACCAGGACCACGAGGUCCACCUGGACCAAAAGGAAUUCCUGGAAAUGAUGGUAAGCAAGGACCAACUGGUAGUGGAGUGUCGUAUGUACGGUGGGGGAGAGAUGUAUGUCCUGUUGGAACUGACCUCGUUUACAAAGGGUUYACUGGUGGAGAACGCUUCACACAUACUGGUGGAGGAGUCAACUAUCUGUGCUUAACAUCCAAUCCAAAAUACCUUAAAUUCAAAAAGGGCUUUCAAAGUAGCGGCAGAAUGUAUGGCGCUGAAUACGAAGUGAAUACUAAUGACGCCCUACUUCCCAGCAACCUUCACGAUCACGACGCUCCGUGURCUGUCUGUCACGUGACAACMCGAAGCUCCAAGCUGAUGGUCCCUGGGACAUACGAGUGUCCAUCAGGGUGGCACCGAGAGUAUUAUGGAUAUCUGAUGACGGCUUCACAUGGUCAUAAACACCCGUCUGACUUCAUUUGUAUGGACAAAGAAGCACAAUCAAGAACUGGCAGCAAUAAUGGAAAGGAUGGCGCCUUGUUGUACCCAGUCGAAGGAGUGUGUGGCUCGUUGCCUUGUGGACCGUACGUUAGUGGUUACGAACUGACAUGCGCAGUGUGCACMAAGUAGAUGUGACGUACCACGCAGUAGUGAACCUACUCUGUUAGUGUGAUGUCAGAUAUAUAUUAAGAUUAAAACAAUAUUUCUAAUAAUGAUUACAAAAUAUAAAGGUGAAGGAAUAAAGUUUGUAUUACUACAUCAGAACCUACAGUAUUGACUUAAUAAACAAUCCCUGACAUGAUUCUAUGCACUGAGAUA